AUGGUGGUGAGCACCCAAACCCCAACCGCUCUGCGCAUUUUGGUUGCGGAGGAGAAGGAAGUUCACAAGCGUUUGAGAGGGGCCGUCAUGUCUUUUCUCAAGCCCGAAUCGUUGAAGUCAUUCGUGGGCAGAAUGGAGUCCGUCAUUGAAAAACAUUUCGUUGAUCACUGGGAAGGAAAAGAGAGUGUUACGGUGUUGCCAUUGAUGAAAAAGCGCACUUUCGACGUUGCGUGCACCACGUUUCGCAAGGUUUCGAAUGCUCGGCGUCGCAUAUGCAAGCAGUUGGUGGGCAUAAUAGAAGGGAGGAAGGUGGAAAUUGCAAAGGGCCGUGCUUCCCCAGAGCAAGAUUUGUUAUCUUGCUUGGUGUGUAUGAGGGAUGAAAAUGGGCAGCCGCUCACCGAGGAGGAGGUCAUCGAUAACCUCAUCGUUGGCAUGCUUGCUGGCCAUGAUACCACUUCUACUCUUGUCACGCAUCUUGUGAGGAUGUUGGCGCUCCAUUCGGAGUUCUACCAAAAUUUUCUCCAAGGGUCUUUUGUGGGUGUUGUGGGGUAG